AUGUCUCAAGAACUAGUGGACCAUGGACGAACAUCACAAGCAACUAGUUCAGCGGAUGGACAGCGUGAGGGCGGAACAACCGCCGGACCGUCAACGUUGCGUAGCGUGAAAAUCAAGGAACAGCCGAUGUCAAAGAUCAUGGUCAUCCUCGAACGAAAUGUCAUCACAUUGUUUCUGUUUCUCGUGAUUUUGCUUAGUUGUGGACGAGAUUUCUGCACUAUCAAAGAGAAAAAAAGAGACAUCAAUAAUCUCAUCCUUAACUCCUAUACAUUGAAUCCCACAAAGUUCAACCACGCUGCUCCGACUUUUCUUCGGUAA